AUGGCCCAGCACAACGUCUCGUUCGGACUGAACGAAGAGCAGCUCGCGAUCCAGGAGCUCGCCCGCAAGUUCACAGAGGACGAGAUCAUCCCCAUUGCUGCCCACCACGACCGCACAGGCGAAUACCCCACAGAGCUGAUCCGCAAGGCUUGGGAGCUCGGCCUCGUCAACACCCAUAUCCCCCAGGCCUAUGGUGGUCUUGGAUUGGGAGUGUUUGAUGCUUCGUUGGUCUCGGAGGAGUUGGCGUACGGAUGCUCGGGAAUUCAGACGGCCAUUGAGGCCAAUGGCUUGGCAGAGGCCCCCCUGAUGGUCGCUGCCAGUGAUGAGCAGAAGAAGAAGUACUUUGGACGUAUGACGGAGGAGCCCCUGAUGGCCGCGUACUGUGUGACAGAGCCCGGUGCGGGAUCGGACGUUGCGGGUUUGCAGACCAAGGCGGUGAAGAAGGGAGACAAGUGGGUCAUUAAUGGACAGAAGAUGUGGAUCACGAACGGAGGCAAGGCCAACUGGUACUUUGUUCUCGCCAAGACCGAUGCCAAUGCCAGGACUGGCUCUGCCUUCACCGGCUUCAUCGUCGACGGCGACUCCAAGGGAAUCAUCGUCGGCCGCAAGGAGCAGAACAUGGGCCAGCGCGCCAGCGAUACCCGUGGAAUCACCUUUGAGGACGUCGAGGUCCCUCACGAGAACGUCUUGGGAUCAGUCGGUCAGGGAUUCAAGAUCGCCAUGGGCGCCUUUGAUAUCACCCGCCCCUUGGUCGCCGCCGGCGCUGUCGGUCUCGCACGCCGAGCGAUGGUCGAGGCGACCAGGUACGCGAUGGAUCGCAAGACGAUGGGCAAGGCCAUCAUUGAGCACCAGGCUGUCCAGUUUAUGAUUGCGGACAUGGCGAUCGGUAUCGAGUCUGCACGCAACAUGGUCUGGAAGGCUGGUUGGCUCAAGGACAAUGGCCACCGCAACACCUGGGAGGCCUCGAUCGCCAAGGCCCUGGCCUCGGAUGUGGCAGUCAAGUCUGCGUGCGAUGCGGUCCAGGUCUUUGGAGGAGCUGGAUUCAACACUGAAUACCCUGUUGAGAAGUUGUACAGGGACUCGAAGAUCUUCCAGAUUUACGAGGGCACAUCCCAGGUCCAGAGAUUGAUUAUCGGCAAGGGCGUCGUUGACCGCGUUGCCAAGUAA